GACUCACAGUAUCAGACUCUCCUUCACAGUAUCAGACUCUCCUUCACCAUGCAACUUUCUAACUCCUGAAAGCUGGUGAUUACUGUUUGUUUCUCUUCCCUUCCAAGUUACUGUGUACAUCAAAUUCUGGAAGGUCAUUAAAUGGUUGCCAAUUGAGUUCCUGAAACCAGCACAAACACUGGGUUUUGCAAUUACUGUUUUGCAAAAUCUGAGGCUGCUGUGUGCUGUUAUGUGCACAUGCAGACUGUGGAACAGGCUUGACCUGAUGGUGAUCGCACAUCGACAGGUGGGCUGUAAGCUGAGACUCUGACUUGUGCCCGACAGGGGGAGGCUAGAGGGCAGGGUGGCUCAGUUACAAAAUCGCAUGGCAAAAUCGCAUGAGCUGAGCAUCCUUAAAAUAGCUGGAGGGAAGCUAUAUAACAGGAGGCACCACUAGAAACAGCCAGUCCUCAACAAGAGAUCAUUACAUCUGUGCAGUCCUGUUCAAGAAGGACAGAACACCAUAGCAAUCCUCCUCCUUGGUCUCUUAGCUGUUAGAGUGGAGAGGACCAUUUCAGAUCCAAGAGUCUGUUGUGUUUUGACACGUCAAAGGAGCUUAUAUCUGUGGGGUACUGUGCCUUUUCUUGCCCCUGAACACUGUUCCUCAGCCUUUUUGCCCUGCAGAUUCCUCGUUCUUCCUCUUGGUUCUAUAGCACUCUGCCACCAUGAAGUAUUACUAUCCAGCUGCACCCCCCAGGUACAGGAGAUACACAAGAGGCCUGAAGACUGUGCGUUUUUCCAAUGAUGUUAUCUUCCAGGACAAUAUCCGCCAAGGUGACCUGGAGCAGGUGGGGCGUUUCAUCCGUGCCAGGAAAGUUACCUUGGACACUAUCUACCCCUCUGGAAUGGCUGCCCUCCACGAAGCUGUGCUUUCUGGGAAUCUUGAUUGCGUUAAGCUCUUAGUGAAAUAUGGUGCUGACAUCCAUCAGAAAGAUGAGGACGGCUGGACACCGCUGCACAUUGCCUGCAGUGACGGCCAUGCUGACAUUGCAAGAUACCUCAUCUCUCUUGGGGCCAAACUAGAUGUCACCAAUGAUGAAGGGGAGAAGCCAUCUGACCUUAUUGACCCUGAAUACAAGGACCUUGUGGAACUUUUCAAAGCAACUCGAGUGGACUGAAUGUAUACUCUCAGUUCUUUGCUACAUGGAAUCCAGUCUCUCUGGCAGGCAGGAAGAUCUGUUGGGUACUGGAAAGAGGCUUGCAAAGUUGACAUUAGAUGGUACUAGACUGGCUACGGAAACUGUGGCCUCCAAAAGAGGUCAUAGUUUGAUUGCAAUAUGUGUGUAAAAGACCAGCUACUUAAGGGGUACUCAGAGAGCUAUGCUUGGGAUAUCCCAUUCAAAGUGAAAUACAUUUUUUUAUGACCCACUGCUUGGUACCUGCGAGGGUCAGCCUUUGGCUUAAAUGGUUAUAACGAAGAGGGCAUACAAGUCCUGCCAUCACUGUUGUGCAAGAGGUUCACAAAGGUGGUGGUGAGUUAAACUGGACUGGGUAACCAAUUUGUAAAGCAUACAUCUUCCAAUACACGUUUGCCUUUACUCUGAUCUUGAAUCACAGCAACAUUGAAGCUAUUUUCUUGACAGCUACAGCCACUCCCAAGAUGAAUCCUUGUGCAAUUAUCCUACAGAGAAAAUAGACCCAACUUCAAGCUGGUGCUGUAAAUAUGGAUGAUCCAAGCACUGUUGUGUAUAGUCUUAUUUUCCAUGUUUGUGCAUCCUAGGCUUGCUUUUCUACUGUAUUUUUUAUGUGAUUCCAAAACAGCCUUUUAUUUUUACAAUAAAGUAAUUCCUAAACUCUUGUA